AUGCAUUCAUCAGGCCCCACCAGCGUUGACAGUAAUUUUGGCAAAAUAGUUCCUGUGGUGUCAUACGAUACCCCUAUGGAUCCUAUCACAAAAUCUCGUUCAAGAUUAUCGGGCGUUAUUAAGCCUCCUAAAAUCCUAAAUCCCAAUCUUUACAAAGCAUCCAAAGCUUUGGAGUCUGGUCAUUACCAAGAAGCAAAGGAUUGCUUAACACGAUUAAUUAAAUCCUAUCCCAAUAGCUAUUCACUUCGAUGUGAUAGGGGUUUUGCAUCGAGAAAACUUGGUAAUUUAACAGAAGCAUUACAUGAUUUUGAUUACGCCAUUAAAAAAAAUUCAGUAAAAUCACGUGCCUUAUUACUUCGAGGUGAAACGUUUUACUAUAAAAAAGACUAUGAAUCUGCGAAGAAUGAUUUAAAUAAAGGGUUUUCAUCAUUCAAAACAGAUGAAAACAUAUCAGAUCAACUUUUGCUUAGCGCGACUAGAAUUUACGGUGAAAUAAUGGUGUUAGAAGAAAAUUAUUAUGAUGCUUUAGAUUGUUUUAAUAGGGUGUUGAAAUCUUCACCAUAUGAUUCGACGACCUUACGAACGCAUGUUGCAAGAAUUUUUCGAAAUCGUGCAAGAGCUUAUAGAUGUUUGUCACGUUACCAAGAAGCACUCUCGGAUUACACUGAGGCGAUUAAAUUUGAUAGAAAAGCUUCGACUUAUAGGAAAAGAGCCGAAAUCUAUCAUACUUUAUUACAGCCUACUGAAGCUCUAUCUGAUUUAGAUCAAGCAUUGAUGAUCGAUCCACUUGAUAAAAGUGCAGAAUCUCUACGUAAUCAAGUUUACGCGAUAUUGAAAAAGUACGAUGACGCGUUAGGUGGUUUGAAUAAAAUAUUAAACGAUAAUCCAUUUGAUAUUACAUCACGUGUAAACCGUGGUGAAGUGUUACGUAAUAUGAAGCAAUAUACAAAUGCAUUGAUUGAUUUAGAUUUUGUUGUAAACAAUCAACCCAGAAAUGUUAAUGCUCUGCUGAAUCGCGCUAAAGUUUAUCGUAUGCUUCUGAAUUAUGAUGCUGCGCUGACUGAUUUGAAUGAGGCGAUUGAUAUUGAGCCGAAUAACCCGCGUUUACUUAGAAAUCGUGGAAAAAUUUUUCUUUUGUUAAAUAAUUAUAAAGCCGCAAGAGAUGACUUUGACGCGUCAUUAAAAUCAUUAUGGAAUGGAAAACCUGAAGGGCACGCAUCUACCCACAGGCAUCGUGGAAGAGCUCUGACAAUGCUUAAAGAGUAUGGGAAAGCUCUCGCAGAUUUUGGAAAAUCGCUUUCACUUAAACCACAUAAUGUCAAUGUUUAUUGUGAUCGAGCAGAAACCUAUAUUGCGAUGGAACAUACAAAUGAGGCGCUUCAGGAUCUAAAACAAGCAUUGGAGGUCGAUGGUCAUAAUGCGAAAGCAUUAGACCUUAGAGCUUCUUUAUAUGUGAAACUAGGACAGUAUCAAUCCGCUUUACAAGAUUAUAACUUAGCGGUCCAAUUUAGACCAGAAAAUGACAUUUUAAUUUUAAGCCAUCGGGCAAAAACUCUCCAAAUCUCAACAAAGUGGCAGGAAUCUCUUACUGAUUGGAAUCAAGCAUGGGAUGAUUUGGAAAUGGCUUUUGACGUGAAAGAGGAAAAUUUUGCAAAAGACUUUGCCGUUAAAGA